GAAAGGCACUAUUUAAGGAAGAAGCACGAAAAAGCAUAAAAUCAAUUGUUUUUAAGAGGCAACAUAUAGCUAAGUGAAUCCUGUUCAAAAAUAUCAAAAGCGAUAAGCCCACAAGUCCUUCCACUGACGGCAAUGGCGAUAACAAACGUUUCUGGAAAUCGAACGCAGAAAACGUUACAUCAACUAAUAUGCACUGCAGCUGUAACAGUUGGAGCACCGCAUCCGUUAACCUACCUAUCAGUGCUGAAUAUACUUCUGUCCAUGACUGCAUUUCUGGGAAAUGUUCUAAUCCUAGUUGCUCUCCACAAGGUGUCUUCGCUUCAUCCGCCAUCAAAACUUUUGUUACGUUGUCUGGCAAUAACUGAUCUCUUUGUUGGUCUUAUUGCACAACCCAUCUAUGCUGGCUAUGAGAUAAGUCUAUUGUAUGAACGAUGGAAUAUGUGUCGCUCUACAUUCGCCUCUAGUCUCAUUGCAGGAUACGUUUUGUGUGGAGUGUCUUUGCCGACCUUGUCUGCAAUAAGCGUGGACAGACUUCUCGCCCUGUUGCUGGGUCUGAGAUACAGACAAGUUGUAACAAUGAGGCGAAUGUUUCUAUUUGUCAUGAGCUUUUGGGUCAUGUCCAGUUUCGCUGCAGUGAUGUACUUUUUUAACUAUCUAGUAACAUUAUCUUAUUGCUAUUUAAUAGUAUCACUUUGUGUAACAGUAUCGAUCAUAUCUUACACAAAGAUUUUCCUUACCCUCCAUCGCCAUCAGGUUCAAGUACAAGAUUCUGUUCACCAGCAACAACCAAGCCAAAUAAUUCCAUUGAAUAUAACGCGAUACAGAAAGGCAGUAUCCAGUGCGUUGUGGUUGCAGUUGACAUUGAUCAUUUGCUAUCUCCCACAUGGUAUGGUGGAGUUUGUACUCGCUCAUAGCGGACUGUCUCCAGCUGCCGUCCUUGCUAGGCAGUUUACUGCCACCUUAGUUUUCUCCAAUUCAUCAUUAAAUCCGUUACUUUACUGUUGGAAGAUUAAGGAGGUAAGACGUGCAGUGAAGGACACAAUCAGACAAGUACGUUGUUGUUCAACGUGUUAGUACUCGUCGACUUGUGCUGAGAAAAUAGUUAACAAUUCCGAGUGGGUUAGAACUCAGAAAAGAAAUGUAAAAAGCGAAUAAUAUCUAUAUAUUUUAGUUUAUCUGA